AUGCGGCCCUCGGUUUCUAAUUUGCCGGGAUCCGAAGGGCUCAGCCUUGCCCCUCACCGAGUGCCGAUCAAGACAUCAACGUCACGACGUAUUCCGCCUUUCGAAAGGCGUCCGGUGAGCACUGCCCUCAGCUCGCCCCUCGCAUGGGGCAGUCUCUCCGACUCGUUUACUCAUCUCUUUCCUCACAUGCCUUCACAUCACAAAGUUCCAACACCCGGAUCAGUGCCGACGUCGCCUUGGCGGUGCAACGAGCUUUCUGCGGACGGUCUUUCCUUUGUGGGGCCCGCGCGCGAAACGCCGAGCGACUCGUAAGUCCCAACACGGCGUGAUGCCGCCUCGCCCAUAGCUAAGCGCCACCAUGCUCACAUGCGCAGCACUUUGUCUGUUCAGUCCAACUGACCGAUAGAGUGGUUUUUGUGUUCUUGGGGCUGCAGUAAAACAGAGGACCAAUGGGUCAGAACGCAUCCACACUCCAAGCAGCGCCGACGACGGCUGGGUCGCCUUCACUGAGCAAGCACAAUGGGUUGCCGAGGGUCGAAUCCGGUUCGACCACACCAAAACACCCCGGGACUUCCACACCUACACCUCGAGCUCUGGGGAAGAGACUCGAAGUGUCCAGAUCAGUCGUCAAGAGGCAAGGUGCUCCCGAAUCUCUGCCCAACGGCCGACUGGUUGUCACACCCGAGGCGCGCUCCAAAUUGUCGCCGAUCACUUUAGACGGCCUGAACAAGGCGGCGCACGAAGGGCUCGAGAUAAAUAAGGAUCAGGACGAGGUGGAGUGCUUAAAUGAUCGUAUCGGCCAUUCUAUACCAUGCGAACCAGCCCUUGCGUCGGUUCAGGAGCUCGCCUCUUCCAACUACCCAAGCCGGCCGAGCCCUAUCUCGCACUGGUCGACGUCCACGAUUGGAGACGGCGACUUUGACUCGAGAAAAUCUGUUCGAUCUACACAACUGAUACCUAAAUCUUCCCACAAGACCAAGUUGCCGUCUCCCCCGCUGUCAACCCAUUCUACCCGAUCACCCUUGGUCGAUUCUCCUUCCGUUGCCAAGAAGCUCGGUCGACACCUCACCAACGGGCUCAAGUUCCGCCAAGAAUCGCCUCCCAGUCCACGCAUCAAGGGUCCCAUCGUCAUUGUGGGGGGUAGCCGGAUGUCGGACAGGCGCUACUCGGCGCUCAGCAAACGCAGCAACGGUUCGACCAGUGCUGCUCCUACGAUCAGGACUGCUACCGAUAAGAAUGUGACACUAGGAGCAUACUCCGAGAUGUUCGGUGGUCUGGACGAGGAAGACACCGCGGGCGAGAAUUUUAUUGGCGUCUCAUUGUCAUCGGGAACCCAGACCCCUAGCGACUCCUUCGAGCACUCCCCCAGACUGGAUCACGCGGUGACGAAGGGACCGCGAGCUUCGGCCCCAGCGUCUUACUACGGGUUCUCGGCACCUUCCAGCAGCAACGGGGACGACAACUCUCUUCGAGCUCCUCGCAUCAGCCAACCUCAUCUGCUCGAUUUCAGACACCGACAGAAUAACAGCGUCGUCUCCGCGGCUUCUAGAGCGAGUUCUCGUCGAUCGUUCCUAGACUCGCUCACCCGUCUCAUGGAGGACGCCGCCGAGCUUCUCGACGUCAGUGUUGACGACGAAGCUGAUGCCCCCCCUCUUCCUCCCAAAUGGGAGGGGAGCUCUCAGCGACCGUCCCUGCAAGUCAUCACCAAUGAGGUGAUCGGCAACUCCAGCUCUCGGGCAACGUCGCUGGGUCGAGCGAGAUCGUGCCCCUUCAGAGGCGCGGACCAUCGGCACCCACGUCGCCACUGAGCACUCGAUCCCUUCGCAUUGGUCUUGCCCGUCGACCAUCCAUGGUCUCGCAAACUUCUUUCCCAAGAUCCGUCUCCGGGGACGUAGUGGGCGAGCGACCGACGAGCCAGGUCUCGCAGUCAGCUAGCAGCGAGCUCGGAGUACCCGUCUGGCUGCCCAAAGAGCUCGACCUGGACGCAGAGAUCAGCUGGGGCCCUUACUCGAUGCAACCAGCGGAAGCACCUGUGGGGACCAUGUCGCCAAAUGGACAAGCGGCGCAACAGUUUCCAACGGUCGCUUCUAUAUCGGCCGCUUCGACCUCUCCUGCUCGAGCACCUUUCGUUCCUCGCUCUUUGCAAUUGAGUAAGAGUCGACCGCAGAGCCGAAAAUCGGUCCAGUCUAACGCAUCGACGCCGAGCAUGAGCUCUUCGUCGUCUUCGAUCAAAACGACCCCACAGGUCGUGCAUGAGAUCCAUUUUCCCACCCGCGACGUCGACGCCACCUUGGACAAUCCGAGCAAGACGUUGCAAUCGUUCGGUCAUACGAAAGACUACUCUGCGCUGCCACUCGCCGCCAGUGCGGUAGACUUCGAAUCGGCACCGCCGAUCGACAUUCUUGGGCCGAUGGAGCACGUCAUUGACAGUCCGACCAUCGUCACCCCUCCUGUUGUGCCUCUGUCGACCGCAGUGGCGAAUUUGAAGACACCGACGUUUGCGCACUUUUGCCUCAAGCCAGCUCAAGUGACGCAAGAAGCUGCUGCCCCUGACUCCCCCGCUCGACUGUCACCCAUGACGAUGUUACGCGAUGGUAGCGGCGUUUCUUCGACGCAUUCGACGCCUGAACAACGUCGACAGGGAUUCCUCUCCUUCCUUCACCUCGAGGCCUCCGCCGAAGAAGGCGCACAACAAUACCCAGUCCUCGUCAACCGAUUCGAUGGAGUCGACCAAGGAUCUUUUCGCCCUCGUUAUUAUUCCGCCGAGGCGUUGGCCAAGCCGAUGCAUGAUUUCGAGCGCGAGGAGUUUGAGCGAAGGGAGUCCGUCCCGAGGUGGACGAGGCCGAUGAUUGGGAAUGCGGCGUCGGGACAUGAUUUGAGAGCCCACCAAGCUGCUUGGGAUUCGCUGGCUAGUGGAGGAGCAGAAGCGGAUAAGAGUCGGAACACGCUGGAUGGCAAAUUGAGGUUGGGCAAGGGGAGUAAGCGAGGUUUCGAUCGAGGCGAGAUCAAGGGUUGGUUGCAGGAGCAGGCGCUUUGA